GUUUUAUUGUUCGCCAUAAACCAUACGUAAUAAUCUUAAAAUUAAACCUUUUUAGAAUGGUCUUUGGAAUAUUUUAAGACUGAAUUUUUAAUGGUUUAAUAAUUUUUUUUAACUAAAGUUAAACUAAAUUAAAGUUAAAAUUACAAAAAUAUUAUUUGUACACCUUGUGUUUCGUUCCUCACAAUGUCUUGCAUAUUAUCAACGUUGAUAUUAUGUUUACUUACAUUGUGAUUCGUUGAUUGCUCAAAAACCUAGAAAUUAAUGAAAAAUGUCUGUUGUAAUAGAAACCACAGUAGGCGAUAUAACUGUUGAUCUAUUUGUGGAUGAGCGCCCGAUUUCGUGUCUUAACUUCAUUAAGCUGUGUAAAUUUAAAUACUACAAUUAUAAUCUUUUCCACACAAUUGAACGUGGAUUUAUUGCACAGACCGGUGAUCCUACUGGCGUAGGCAAUGGCGGUAAUUCUAUUUGGGGUGAAGUUGAUGGUCUUGAUAAAAGAUUUUUUGAAGCUGAAACCAUACCAAAGAUUUAUCACUCUUCAGCCGGUCUCUUGUCGCUCGUUUCUGCAGGCAAAAAUUUAAUCGGAUCUCAAUUCUUUUUCACUUUAGCGCCAAAUUUAUCUUCAUUAGAUGGUAUACAUUGUGUUAUUGGCGAAGUUGUAGAGGGACAUGAAACACUUCGAAAAAUUAAUGAGGCCAUUGUCGAUGACAACUUUCGACCUUAUCAAGAUAUUCGCAUAACUCAUACAGUUAUUUUAGAAGAUCCUUUCCCAGAUCCAAGUAACUUUUUAUUACCAAGUCGUUCUCCAUCUCCUACACCACAACGUUUGCAAAAUGGUCGUAUUGCUGCAGAUGAAGAUAUUGACGAUACAGACGGGAAAACUGUCGAAGAAUGGCAAGAGAUGCUUGCGGAGCGGGAAGCAAAAGCGCGAGCAACUAUCCUGGAGAUAGUUGGAGAUUUACCUGAUGCAGAAAUGGCACCACCUGAGAAUGUGCUUUUCGUUUGCAAAUUAAAUCCAGUCACUACUGACGACGAUUUAGAAAUUAUUUUUAGCCGUUUUGGAAAAGUAAAAAAUUGUGAAGUAAUUCGAGAUAAAAAAUCAGGCGACUCACUUCAAUAUGCAUUUGUUGAGUUCGAAGAUCAGAAAUCUUGUGAAGCAGCUUAUUUUAAAAUGGACAAUGUUCUAAUUGACGACCGUCGGAUUCAUGUUGACUUUUCACAAUCUGUUGCAAAAGUGAAAUGGCAUGGAAAGGGCCGCGGGGUGGAAGGUUCCUUGAAACGAAGUGAAUUUGACAACUUACGGGAACCCAACAAAAAACAUAGAAUGGAUGAUUGCGAUCGAAAAGAGGCUGGUCGAGAGCGUUCAAAGAGAAAUAAUUCAAUAGAGCGCAGAUUGGCCCGAGAAGAACGCCAUCGUGUACAAAGGGAAAAGGAUGAAAGACGAGAAAAUAGUUACAGAUAUGAGCGAGAAAAUAGUUCACACCGAAGGAAAAGCCGAUAUUAUGAAAAUGUAGAACGUGAACAGGGACCGUCACGAGAUCGUUAUAGGCGAUCACGUAGCCGUAGUGGGGGGCGAUCUAAAAGAUAUUAUCCAGUUAGAGAACGACACGACAGGUAUAUCGAAUCAAAGAACUAUAAACAUCAUUUCGAAAAAUCUAAGCAGCGAGAGUAUUCAGAUCACAAAAGUAGUGGAAAGCAAUUAGACAGAAAACGACAAAAUGAAAGGAAUGAAAAUGGUUCUAGAAAAUCAAAAGCAAAAUCGGAGCGAAGAAGAAAAGAUAGCACAUCCUCAAGUUCUGACAGCGAUAGCUCAAGUAAUGAGUCAUCUAGUAUGGAUACUGGAAGUAGCAGUGAUAUUCCUAGUGACACAUCUGGCGAUAGAAAACGGCAAAGACAAAAAAAUAAAAUAGUGAAAAAGAAAAAAACUAACAGCGAGUCACACCAAAGUAAAAGCAGAUAUAGGAAAUAAUACAGUUAUUAAUUACUAUUAUAUAUUGUUAUUAUUUUCACAUGGAUUUUAAAGAUAACUAGGUUUCGAUACUUGGGAUUUAUUGAUUCAGUUUUUAGAAGGGUUUUGCCCUCCACAACAGCCGCCCAUAGAAUUUCCUUUACGAUUUCGGGAGGUUGGCUUCUCAAUUAUAGCAUCUGGAUUGAAAACAACGUUGUCCAAUCGUGUCGUUUCUUCCGUGAUACGUAAUUCUAAAAAUUUACAAUUUUUAGCAUUUUUUGUUUUGUAGUUAAAGUGUAAUCUUACUAUAUACUCCUUCUUUUUCCUGAACGGCUUGUAUAACACUUGUGCGUAGUUCAUUGUCAACGUCAUGGGCCAGUUGUAUCAUCUAAGGUAUAGAAGUGUACACUUAAUGAUAAAAUAAAAUUGCGUUUUCACACCUUU